CCAGGGACUGCUUUUGCACUAUGUAACAGCUAUAUAUUAGGAUUAAUAUUACUACUGUGAGCAGCAUAUAAGGAUUAACACCAAGAUUAAGAUCACCAAUAGAUUACCAUAAUAUUGGAUUAAAUACAAGUUCGUAUAUCCUGUUUCUGGAAAACCAAAGUGAACAUAUAAACACCAUUGGAGAUUUCAGCCUGGAUACAUAGGAAUAUUAGUAUCACAAUAUACACAGGAAUAAUACAUCGUCUAGAAUAUGAAGCUAGAUUCAUAUAAGAUACAUACAUCAACAUAACGUAGAUACCUAGAUGGAUAAAUGAAUCGUGAAUUGAGCAUUUUAUGCCCCUAUUAGGAGAACUACAAUAUGUCAGCUGAUCAGGCUGGACGCACGCCUAAAGGGAAGAUGAUGGGUGUCAAGGUCUAUAUGUUGGAUGAUCAGGUGCAGACAUUCAAUGUGCCUCAAAAAUGUCAGGGUGUUAUUCUAUACAAUGAAGUGUCCCACAGAUUGCAACUUCUUGAGGCGGACUACUUUGACUUAGAAUACCUGGAUGAGAAAGGAAUAUGUUGUUGGCUGGACCAUGAAAAACCACUUUUAAAACAAGUCUCUGCAAAAGACCCAAGGUUUAGAUUUGCUGUCAAAUUUUACACUCCAGACCCUGGCCUUCUGGAAGAGGAGUACACUAGGUAUUUAUUUGCCCUCCAAGUAAAGCGUGAUUUGGCAUCAGGGGAUAUUCCAUGUUCAGAGAACACUGCAGCAUUACUGGCAUCUUAUAUUGUACAAGCUGAGCUCGGAGACUUCCUAGAGGAAGAGUAUGUGGACCAUACAUAUUUAUCUAAUUUUAAAUUCUUCAAAAACCAGUCUGAGGACCUGGAGCUGAAAAUAAUGGAAUAUCAUCAGGGUCACAUAGGUCAGAGUCCAGCAGAGGCAGACUUCAACCUGUUAGAUACUGCUAGGAAAGUUGAACUUUACGGCAUAAGGAUGCACGAAGCAAAGGACCAUGAAGGUGUCCCACUGACAUUAGCUGUGGCCCAUAUGGGAGUACUAGUCUUUCAAAACCAAACCAAGAUAAACACCUUCUCUUGGGCAAAAAUACGCAAACUUAGCUUCAAACGGAAAAAGUUCCUGAUAAAACUUCAUCCAGAAGGCUAUUUGGUAGGGUACAGUAAACACUCUGACACAGCCAGCAAAAUCCCAACAGGCUAUUAUAAAGAUACUGUUGAAUUCUACUUUGAUACAAGGAAUGAGUGUAAAAACUUUUGGAAGAAAUGUAUAGAGCAUCACGCCUUCUUCCGAUGCCAUAUAGUGAAAAAGCUGCCCAGAAAUAGAACUCGUGUUGUCAGUCGAGGAUCUUCGUUCAGGUACAGUGGUCGCACACAGAAGCAGCUAGUAGAGUAUGUACGGGAGAACUAUGUUAAAAGACCUGCCUUUGAAAGGUCAACUAGUGCACGUUCAAUAGCGUCACGGUCUUAUGGUGCUAACAAAUCCAAUACAAGUACGCUUAACUCCAAUUACGGGCACAACAGCACAUCAAGUGGUUCUCACAUUCUAGAACAAUCUCCGAAAGAGACUAGAGACACGCCCUCAGUUGCUUCAACGCGAUUGGUGGAAAAAGCUGAAGUUCAUGAUGAUAGCAGCCAAUCAGCUUCUGCAGGUAGUUUAUCAGAAAAAUCACCUCGGUCUCAACGGACAAAAGCUGCGGUGGAUAAUACUUACGAUUCACCACCAUCCACAAACAAACAAAUGGUGGAUAGAAAAAUGUCUGCUCCCGUAUUUUCGCAACUUCAUCACCCGGAAAUUGAGGAGCAUGAAUUAUCACGAUCGUCUGAAGUUGGGAAUAUUCCAGAAAUUCUAGAGGAAGAUGAAGAAAGGACGCGCCACCCCAGAUUUAGGUCUCCUGCUCCCGAUUAUCAAAAUAUUAGUGAAGUUGCUGAAGCUAUGAGGGAGGAAGCUGGAGUGCGAGAACGGCCAACUUUUACUACAGGAGUGCAGCCAGAGAGGUCUGAGCCUAUCAUAUCGUCACCCAAAGAGAACGGUCACGUGAGUCCACUUCCCUCCUAUUCAGAUGCCUUGGAAAUAGAGCAACAAAGGUCACAAGUUCAGUCAGUUACCACGGUAACCACAACAACAACUACAUCCUCCCAGAGAUAUAUUCAGGAUGAUGAUGAACCAGAACCACUCCCUCCACCUCCCCCAGAACCUCUACAGGAAGUCAAUUCUGUUUCGCCAUCUGUUGCUAGGGCAACUAAGAAGUACCCAGCUGAUAGGGCUUACUACAUUGCCAAAGAGUUGCUGAUGACAGAGCGCACUUACAAGAAAGAUUUGGAGGUCUUGACAGUUUGGUUUAAAGAUACGUGGUUCCGUAAUGCAGCUAGCAAGGAAGAUGUGUGGCCAGAGACUCUGAUGCACUUGAUGUUCUCUCACCUUGACCCUCUUUAUGAACAACACUGUCAGUUCCUUAGGGAGGUUGAACAGAGGUUGGCCUUCUGGGAGGGCAAGUCCAAUGCUCAUCUGAAUGGGGAAUACAGACGGAUUGGUGAUGUCAUGCUGAAUAAUAUGGAGGUCCUACAGUUAUACAUAAACUACAUAGAAAAACAUGAGGAGAUUUUGAACGAGAUCCAAAAUGCUCAGAGAACUAAUCGCAAAUUUGAAACAAUCUAUAAAGAAUUUGAGGGUCAGAAGGUUUGCUACCUGCCUUUGAAUACAUUCCUUCUAAAACCUGCCCAGAGGCUGCUCCACUAUCAGCUUAUACUCACACGCCUGCUUAGUCACUACAAUAAUGACCAUAAUGACUAUAGGGAUUGUUAUGAGGCUCUUCAGAAGGUUAAAGAAAUCACAUCCAGGUUUGAGGACCAAGUCAGACAUCUGGAAAAUCUCCAGAAACUAGUAGAAUUACAAAGAGAUUUGGUAGGAAUAGAUAACCUAGUACAGCCCAUCAGAGAAUUCAUUCGCGAGGGAUGCUUACAAAAACUAUCACGGAAAGGCUACCAACAGCGAAUGUUUUUCCUAUUCUCUGAUAUGCUUGUGUAUACAAGUCGUACAGCCACGCCCACGUUACAGUUCAAAGUUCAUGGUCAAUUACCCCUAAGAGGGAUGAUUGUUGAAGAAAAUGGCUCAAAGAUGGACGUGGCCAAUAGUUUUGCUAUUUAUGGUGGCAACCGUUGUUUAAUGGUGGCAGCAUCCACACAGGAAGAGAAAGACAAAUGGAUAGAAGAUUUGGUUGAGGCAAUACUUAAAGCUAAAGAGCAGGGGGAUGAAAAGAUCAAGUUCCAGAGCUUAAAGUCAAAUGCUAGCUCUGAGGGUCUUGACAGUAGCGAUCUUCAAGAUGAUCAGACUGCAGCGCUCUCUGGUGGUGAGAAACAGAUCCAGCACCGUGCGAAUACAACGAUGCAUGUUUGUUGGCACAGGAAUACAAGUGUUAGCAUACAUGAUCACUACGUGGCAAUAGAGAACCAACUGAGUGGCUAUCUACUGAGAAAGUUCAAGAACAGCAAUGGCUGGCAGAAAUUAUGGGUUGUCUUCACUAACUUUUGCUUAUUUUUCUACAAAACUUUUCAAGAUGACUUUCCAUUGGCUAGUUUACCGUUGCUAGGAUACAGCGUGACAACACCAGCAGAAAGUGAUAAUAUCCAUAAAGACUACGUAUUUAAACUGCAGUUUAAGAAUCAUGUAUACUUCUUCAGAGCGGAAAGUGAAUACACAUUUGAAAGGUGGGUGGAGACACUUAGUAGUGCCACACAAAGCGCCAAGAGAACUCGACUCUUUGAGCGACUAGAGAGCAGUCAGCCGCCAAAUAUGAUUUAUCCCCAGUGAUCAUCCAACUAACUCACCAUAGCAACCAGCUAACAAUGAAAUACAACAAAUACUAUUGAUUACAUUAGAAACUAAAUUUGGAUGAUAAUGCGUUGUCAUGGCAAUGUUGUUUUGUCACAACAAUUUCAAGGACAUCAAGUAACAGCGUAAUUACAACAGUGCUAUAACAUCUCCAUCUAUUGGUGGCCUCUGUGCAAUGAGCAACAAAUUUCACAAUUCUGUGAAAACAAUUUAAGAUUGAUAGUUAUGAAAUGGAUAUGCCAAAAUGGCAGCACAAACUAAUUCUGAUAACAUGACACACCACAGAUGAAUUAGAAGUUCAUGACACACCACAAA